UGCCCGGCAACUUGCGAGGGGCCGCCUCCGUAUUCCCCAGUUGGGUGCGGACCGGCGGACCGUCCCGAGCAGCGACACUGCAGUACUACACGCUGGUGCUGGUGACUUCACAGCUUUGGAUACUUUGGUGUAGAUGAACCCUUCCGCAAUGGAGAAUACAAGUUUGAGCAGCAGCCCGGAGAAGAAGAAGAUGAAGAUGGAGUGAGUUUUGGAGUCCUGGAGGAAUGGCGGCGAUAGCAGGCGGCAGCCAGGAGGUGGAGAUAAAGGAAGAGCAAGAGCCAAAGGAGGAAGAGGGGGAGAGGAAGUGCAGCCCAGAGGACAGAAAAGAGUGGAAGGCGUAUCGGGACAGUAACAGCGGUCGGACUAAGAAGAUCGUUCAAGAGGGUAACAGUAAUACCCACGUCAGUGUUGACGUACAGGUUUUCGAUCCGGCAGUGGCGGACGAUGAAAACAAAAGGCAUGCGCGCAUGCUCGCGAGUGCGAUCAAGCUCGUCAACCACAGGUACAAGCCCCUGGAUCGGGUCACCAGCAACAACCCAUAUUCGCCCCAAGGCAUGAGGCACAACGCCGAGUUGAAGUUUUUCGACAUCCGUGACAAGUCAGUGCGUGACCUCAUGAGGGAUGUCACCAAACACCAGUACCGAAACCCCAAAGACACCAAGAAACCCAAACCCAUCGACCUGACAGGGAAGAGCGCGCGGUACGUGAUCGCGGCGGAGAGGCUGCGGCAAGAGACGUUGAUCACGCUCUGUACGGGCGACAUAAUAAGCUCAGAAAUUCCAUACGCUAGAACCCAUCCAUGGAUGGGGCGAGAAUUGGGCUUAGGCCCAGAAGAGACCUACGAGGCCAAGUUUGAAGGACCGGGCCUCAAAGAAGUGACCGAGCAAGUUGUGAGCGAGCACCGCAUGGAGAUAAGUGACAACGAACCUCCCCCCCUUAGCUUGGCAAUUCACUUGUUAGACGCCAGUAUUAUAAAUACAACGAAAUCCUCGGUUUUUUAAAAGGAGUAAUUGGCACACUCGGAGGACCCGCGACUGGGAGGAGGCGCCUGGCUGACCUGUUCAUCGAGUUCGCGCACAGCCACUCCCUCGUGGGGGCGCCAGAGCUAAGCGACGAGGAAAGGGGGGAGCUCUUCAAGAUAUGCUUUCUCAUCAUGGACAAGAAUCAAGCCAUGUGGCAGGGGUGCUUCUUCAAGCAGGGGCCCAAGGGGGGCAAGGGAAAGGUAUGGCGACUGGGGAUGAGCGUGUCCUUCGCGAGGCUGAUCAUCCUCUUCAGGGAGGGUGUGAUCAAACUCAACGAUGUGUUUUUCAAGUACGGUAUCUACGGUAAUCAUGACGGCAUACUGAUGAUUAAGAGUAAUAAGGCAGUGACUUCAAGGUGCGACGCUAUUGAUGAAGAAUACAGGAAGUAUAAGGGAAGGCCCCUAACCCUACAGGACGCAAAAGACGACCUCCGCAUCGUGUACGGCGGGGUGGGUUCGCGGCAGGAGAAGAGGUACGAAGCGGAGAGGAAGUACUUCCACAACCGCUUCCUGCGGGUAGACCACCCUUUGUGUGAGUCUGAGUACAUGUCGCGGUUUGUAUUUGCGUCGUUGCGGGCUUACCCUCUGGAGGGCGAUCCCUUGCCUGACGUGGACUCCUACAAGGCUAAACUAAAAGAAAUAAUGAAGGCCCUCGGGGAAGGCAAACAGGGACAGAGGCGCCUGGCGGAAUUGUUCAUUAAGUUCAGGACUAGCCACUCCAUCUCUGAGGCGGAGGCGUCAGUGCUAGACAAGCAGCAAAAGGAAAUAUUUACUGCCAUGUGGAGGGUGCACUGGCUGUGGCAGUGGGGCUCCUACGAAAGGAAGCUUUGGCCCCUCGGACUGACCGUGUCCUUCGCACGGCUGGUCCUCCUGUUUAAGAAGGGUGAGAUUACGCUCGACUAUGUGUUCGAAGCGUGCGGCAUUAGCCCGAAACAUGACUCUGUCGCCUCAGUGCGGGACAAGUGCAAAGAUAUCGAUGAUAGAUACGCAAGAUGUAAAACCGAGUCCGAACUGGACCCGAUGAAAGAGCUACGUGAAGUAUAUGGGGAGGAUGAGGAUUGGAACUAUUAUGUAAAUAAGCCUCGCCUUUCACUUAAAAUUAAAGAGGCGCUGAAAGCUGUGCCUGCCGGUACGGCCCAGCCAGAAAGCCAUUGACAGCACGGAAAAAGGAGAAGAAAAGAAAAAGAGAGAGAAGGAGAAAAAGGAGGCAGGGAGAUGAAAGAGGAGAAAGAAGGAAAAUAAAGGGAAGAGAGAGAAAAAAUUAAGGAUGUAGGUCCUUUUUUGGAAUUGUCAGGCAGCAAGGAAACAUUUAAACAAGUAAAAUACUUUGUUCUUUGAUUCGGAAUUUAAAAAUUCAAACACUGCUUUUGUACACCAACAGAUAAAUAUAACAUUUUUUUAUUCUUUGAAAGCUUUUAAAAA